AUGCUGAAAUGUUCGACAACAGAUUAUUGUACAGCAAACAGAGAAGCACGUAACUUUGAACUUCAAACUACAUUAUUACUCUCCAGUCUCCAUAGAAACAUGGGGCUGCAUCUUUAUAAAAGUAUUCAACGCUCACUGCCUGGAAGUUGGACUCCUCUUCAGACCUCACCAUCAUUUGGUGGGGUUCUACUUGUAUAUAAAUUCAUGUACAUUUCAUUUCAUUUACGCUAUUCUAAAACAAUAUGAUCAUUUUUGUAUUCAAACGAAAUUUAAAGUAAAAACAUACACAUUUUUAUCUUUCUGAUUCAAUAUCAUAAAAUCUGCGAUUUUAAUGCUAGUUACGUCUCCCCUUUGGCAGAGUGGUACAGUCGAUGCUGCAGCUGAGCAGGAAGACGGUGUAUUAAAGCCUCGGUGCAUUAGGAAAUGUUCAGCUUCUCGUUUGCUGUUUAACUUGUUUAAACGACGCUGUGAUUUAUGUAUGUAUGUAUGUAUGUAUGUAUGUAACAUAGUAGUACAUAAUGCCGAGUGAAGGGCUGGGGUGGUUUUAUUAUAAAGUACGCAUGCGCUAUGUGUGGUUUUGUGUUUCGUGUUCGUUGCAGGUUUCGUGUUGUUAAUCCAGACAGACUCUGAAAAGCAGGGUUUUACUGUACCAACGCAGAAUGACAUGUUAUUUUGAUGGUAAGGUAUUAAAUAAUAGUUGUUAUUGAUGAUUUAAUACUUAGCUAAAUCGUGUCAUGGUUUUGGUUCUUUAUAGGUACACCGUGUUUUAUUAUAAAUAAAUGACUGGCCUAAAACUGACCAAUUUAAAUAUCUUUUCCGGGUAGAGAUGAUAAUAAUUCACUUGAGUUUGAUUGGUCUGAAUAGCCCCAUUUUCCACGCCUUCAGUCGCAGAUAGUAUAAGCUGCCACGUUUAAAUAGGCGAUAUGUUCUGAGCACUGCAUUGCCCAGGUAAAUAGCGUUAACGCUACCUCUGUUAAACAAAUGCACCACAUAGGGCACAUUAAGUUUGGUAACGACGCGACAUACAAAGCUAGGUAUGUAUGCCCAGCUUUCAAAGCUUGAUGACAUUUGGAAAGACCAGUAAAGGGCGUUUGAAGUGUGGCCUUUUAUUUCACUGUUCUGUUGUUUAGGUGGAAUGUUGCAUGCUUGAGUAUUGUAAAGUGCGUGUAAAACAGCUACAUCCCAGACCAGUGUGAUUUGCAGGGUCAUCCGUGAUAAAAUAAAGAAAAGAAGCACAAGAGACACUGCCCAAGUUUGAACUGUGUGUAUGGGGUAAUACAUGCGAGCGCCCCUUCUGUGGCUUCUGAAUAUGUAUCAUUGGUAAUCACUCAAACCACAUGUUUUGGUGGCCUCCCAGUGCGUCCACCUACAUUUACUGGUAGCUACAUUGCUAAUUUAAAUUAUCAUUGUUCAUUUUACAAUUAUAAACAAGUUUAAUUGACAGGCUUUUGAUUAAUUGCAAAUUUGAAGUAAUAUAAAAAACACGACUUUAAAUACAACUCAUGUAUACUUUGACUUCUAUAUAAUUACAUUUAACAGCAGUCUCACUGUGUUUGACACAGACUAGUAUGUCUGACAUUUACCCUGAAAACUUAUCUUGAAAUACUAGACUUGAGUGAACAGUAUUUCUGUUGUAAUGUGCUUUCUUUGGUGCUGUGUGUAUCUGACAUGGAAACAACUUGCUUUAUAAAACCAUAUCAAUUUUUGUUCUUUUCCAGAUUCGGCCGGUGGUGUUCUGUUGCAUGACUGGAUUUGAAAAAUCCUCUUAAUAGCCUACUCUUCUCUCAUGUACUAUCCCAGCUUCAUUCAAUGCCUAACACUGCAGGAAGUCCAGCCACAGAUCUUUCAGGCAGCGGUGACCAGGCUGCUGUGGUGAAGCCCCGGAGCAGAGAUGGGGGGGAACACGCCUUGUUCAAUUAUUUGAGCCGAGGUGCUUCGGCUGCACCUGGAGGAUCAAACAACGAAGGACAGCGUCCACGGACCUGCCCAGUGACACACUCCCGGGAACAGUUUUACACAGUGUGUUCAGACUACGCCUUGGUGAACCAGGCUGCGUGUCUCUAUCACUCCUCUAAACACUCAGCCCCUGCAGCCUUGCUUGUACAGUCACACGCUGAGGGCCAGGAUCACAGCAGCUCCAGUAUCACUUGUGAGGGGGACUCUGCUAUAGAAGACGUGACUGCCAGUCACACAAAGCCUGUGCUAGUGUGGGAGAUCGACACCACCGACUUUGAUACUGUUCUAAUAAGAAUGAAAAGCUGGACAGGCAACUUGAAGACUGGCUUCAGGAAGAUAAAGGCAUCUGAUAAGCACUGUCGAAACUUACAAGAGUUUCCCCAGCAGGCAACACUGGAAGAAAUAAACAGAAAAGUACUGGAUCAAAGAAGAUGGUAUUGUAUCAGUCGUCCCCAGUACAAGACUUCCUGUGGAAUUUCCUCUCUGGUGUCAUGUUGGAAUUUCUUAUACAGCACACUUGGGGCAGGGAGUCUCCCGCCAAUCACCCAAGAGGAGGUGUUGCUUAUUUUGGGCUUCCAGCCACCCUUUGAAGAGAUCAAGUUCGGUCCCUUCACUGGAAAUGCAACACUAAUGCGGUGGUUCAGACAAAUCAAUGAUAACUUUCGUGUUCGAGGAUGUUCAUAUAUUUUAUACAAACCGCAUGGGAAAAACAGGACUGCUGGGGAAACGGCUGAAGGAGCUUUACUGAAAUUAACUCGAGGACUACAAGACGAUUCGAUGGCUUAUAUCUACCACUGUCAGAAUCACUACUUCUGUCCAGUGGGAUUUGAAGCAACCCUGUUGAAAGCUGCUAAAGCAUACAGGGGUCCCCUCCCACAUAAGGAAGUGGAGCACUGGAUACUUAUUGGAGAGCCAAGCAGGAAAUAUCCAGCCAUACACUGCAAAAAGUGGGCAGACAUAGUGACAGAUGUCAAUACACAGAAUCCAGAAUAUCUUGACAUUCAUCACACAGACAGGGGUUUACAAUACCGCAAAACAAAGAAGGUGGGGGGGUAACCUGCACUGUCUCCUAGCAUUCCAAAGAGUAAACUGGCAAAGACUGGGCCCCUGGGCGUCACACUUUGAAAACCUUGGGCAUGAAGUUCAUCAGCAGGUCUCGGCUCGCAGCGGGGCACGCAUCUCUGAUAGCAGGGAAGACGACAGUCCCGGCAAACACCCCGGACGCUUGGGAAGGACUCUUAGUGCAGACUUUGAAUGGAAGAGAAUAUCUAACACCUCCGAAUGCAGGAGCGCUGUAGCCCCGGAAACUGAAAGGGAUGGAGAGCCUGCUGUUUAAAA